AUGGUUCCACACAAAUACCUACAUGUGGGGAAAAUCUCAAACACUUCAGUCCUUGCAAAAGUCUGUGAUAAGCUUGUGGCAGGAAAGACAAUGUUCCCGGACAAAACUAUACCAAUGGCAUCACUUGGAGACAUAACUUGUCAACAAUACUUGGUACAAAACCACUAUAUAACAGAGCCUCUGUCCAAAGAAGAAGCUGAGUUUCCACUGGCAUAUGUCAUGGUCAUCCAUAAACACUUUGAUACAUUUGAAAGGCUCUUCAGGGCAAUUUACAUGCCCCAAAAUGUCUACUGUGUUCAUGUGGAUGAGAAGGCCACAGCUGCUUUUAAAGAGGCAGUGUUAAAACUUCAGAGCUGCUUCUCAAAUGUUCUUUUGGCAUCUAAGAGGGAGUCUGUGGUCUAUGCAGGAAUCUUCAGGCUCCAGGCUGACCUGAACUGCAUGAGAGACCUGGCCAGCUCUCAGGUUCCCUGGAAGUACGUGAUCAACACCUGUGGACAAGAUUUCCCCCUGAAAACCAAUAAGGAGAUAGUUCAGUAUCUGAAAGGUUUUAAAGGGAAAAAUAUUACCCCGGGGGUGCUGCCUCCUCCUCACAUUAUCAUAAGGACCAAAUACAUGCACUUGGAGCAGAGGUACCCUUUGUUUUCCUUCAUGCUGUGGACUCCAAUGAGAAAAAUGCCUCCUCCCUACAAUCUGACCAUUUACUUCGGCACUGCCUAUGUUGCCCUUACGAGGGAAUUUGUUAACUUUGUUCUACAAGACCAGAGGGCCAUUGAUUUACUGGAGUGGUCGAAGGAUACCUAUUCUCCUGAUGAACAUUUCUGGGUGACGCUCAAUAGGAUUCCAGGUAUGUAG